AUGGCCGUGAUUCACAUUGCUUCGGUCACUUUUGAGCAUCACCCUACUGGCUUUGGGAUGGGAUACGAACGUCCUCGGAUCUCAUGGAGUUUCUCUUGUAAUGACGACAACGUCAAAGAUUGGGUGCAAUCUUCUUACGAGAUACAGAUCCGUCGACAGAAUGAUAUUGAAACAUAUCGUGUGGAAAGCUCAUCUUCAGUUUUGGUACCUUGGCCCAGUCAUGCUCUCUGUUCCCGAGAACGUGCCUGGGUGAAAGUGAUGGCUCAUGGAAAAGCGACGAACGCAGCAGGCGAAGUCAUAACAGCAAGCACUGCAUGGUCUGAGCAGUCAAUUAUUGAAGCAGCGCUUCUAGAUAAAGGAGAUUGGAUAGCAAAUCUAAUGACCUCCACGCAUACGGACAUGAAAAAUACGCCCAUGCGUCCCUUGAUUUUCAGAAAAGUCUUCCAGCUACACGCAGGAUCGAUCCAGAAAGCCCGUCUUUACAUCACUGCUCAUGGUGUUUACCACGCCUAUGUAAAUGGUCAUCGAAUCGGCAAUGAGGAGAUGGCGCCUGGUUGGACUAGCUAUAAUCACCGGCUACUUUAUCAGACUUUCGAUGUGACUUCGCUGCUUAUCGAGGGAAAUCGCAACGUGCUUGGUAUUGAAGUGGGUGAAGGAUGGUUUGCCGGUCGCCUGGGAAUGGACCAAAAACGCAAUUUCUAUGGGAAUCACUUGGCAAUUCUAGCUCAGCUAGAAGUCACCUUCGAGCAGGUUGAAAAGGUUUUGGUUAACUCUGAUACUACGUGGAAAUCUAAUACAAGUGCGACAACUCGCAGUGAAAUCUAUGAUGGCGAGGAUUACGAUUCCCGCGAGGAGCACUGGGGUUGGAAUGACGACCCGAAUCUAAACGAACACGACUGGCUGCCAACCGUGCAACUACCCUUCCCUCGUGCCAGGCCACUGGCCUCAGACUCACCUCCUGUGCGGAUCAUGGAAGUGAAAACCCCUGUUCGGAUCUUCAAGUCAAAGUCUGGAAAAGCCUUGUUGGACUUUGGGCAGAACUUAGUCGGAAAAUUGAGAGUCCGUCUCCCGGCAGCAACAGGGACAACAAAGAUAUCAAUCAGCCACGCUGAAGUGCUUGAAUCUGAUGAGCUCGGAAGGCGACCUUUGAGAGGAGCCAAGCCCGUUGACAAUGUUGUCUUAUCCAGCCGGCAGCCCUGGUCGUGGUCUCCCAAGUUUACUUUUCAUGGCUUUCGUUACGUCCAGAUAGAUGGAUGGCCCAUAGAUGAAGGGUUUCCCCGCCGCGAAGACAUCACGGCCCUUGUUAUGCACAGUGAUAUGGUUCGUACGGGAUGGUUUAGCUGCUCCGAAUCACUCCUCAACCAACUUCAUCAUAACGUUGUUUGGAGCAUGAAAGGGAAUUUCUUAUCCAUACCCACUGACUGUCCACAGCGUGACGAACGAUUGGGAUGGACCGGCGAUAUACAGGUAUUUAGUCCAACAGCGAAUUUUUUAUUCAACACCCGUGGAUUCAUUGGAAGUUGGCUCGAAGAUGUUGCAGCUGAACAACUAGAAAGCUCGAAGAACGGAGUUCCAGGACUAGUGGUCCCAGAUGUAUUUGACAACCCGCCCAAUCCACCAGGGCCGCAGUCCGUUUGGCACGACGUGACUGUCUUAACGCCGUGGGAUCUAUACAAUAGCUCUGGCGAUAUCGAAAUUCUCCGUAGGCAAUACGAGAGUAUGAAAGCCUGGGUGGAUAAAGGAAUCAAGCGAGGACCAAAUGGUCUUUGGGAUCAGAACAUCUGGCAAUUUGGCGAUUGGCUAGAUCCUGCUUCUCCUCCGUCCGAGCCAGGAGUAGGUCGUACUGAUAGUCUGUACGUUGCCGAUGCUUACCUAGUCCGAGUACUGGGUAUCAUAGCCAAAAUUAGCCAUUUGCUUGGUGAGACGGAGGACGCAACUCGCUUCGCCAAAGACGAGUCGAAUGCGAGAAAGGCAUUCCAAUACGAAUAUGUCACACCAUCGGGUCUCCUUGUGGGAGACACUCAAACGGCUCAUUCACUUGCAAUAUCGUUUGGGCUGUUUGACAAUGAUGAUCAUGUUGUAAAGUCUGCGAGUCGUCUAUGCCAUUUGGUUCACUUGGCUAAGUACCGAAUUGCAACUGGAUUUGCCGGAACCCCUGUGAUUGCACAUGCACUCUCAGAUACGGGAAAUCAUCAAUUGGCUUACCGCAUGCUUCUGGAGAAGGAAUGCCCGUCUUGGCUCUAUCCAAUCACAAUGGGUGCGACCACUAUCUGGGAACGAUGGGAUAGUAUGCUUCCGGACGGUUCGAUCAACCCGGGAGAUAUGACAAGUUUUAACCACUACGCAUUGGGCUCUGUUGCCAAUUGGCUGCAUAAGAACGUUGGGGGAAUCAGUCCAUUGGAUCCUGGAUGGCGAAAAAUCCAAGUGAGACCGGUUCCAGGCGGAGUUCUCAGAAACGCUAAAGUAGCACAUCAGAGCCCAUAUGGUCGCAUUGAAUGUUCGUGGAGCAUCAACGAGUCAGAUGACACGUUUGCCCUUACCAUCAUCAUUCCUCCCAACUCAGAAGCCAGAGUCAUUUUACCCUCUGCUUGGAAAGAAAAUCAACAAGAGGUGGAAGAGGAAAGCAUUCAAGUUGGGUCCGGCAAAUAUGAGUUUUCAUGCCCCUACAAGCCCGCGGAAUGGCCUCCAAAGGCAGAAUUUGCUCGUUCAACAUUUCGACUAGAAGUUUAA